GACACCAACAAAACCCAUCUCUUCUUUCCUUGUCAUAACGAAUUAUGACAAAUCCGAUCUCAAUUUUUGGUAGAAAAAAUAUCACAAAUCAGAACUUGCGUUGAACUAUGUAUCCAUCUGUAUCAAAAGAGUAUCAAAAAUCUCCACCGCCCUCAGCGCCACCAGCACCACCAGAACCACCAGCACCACCGUACAGUCAGCCUCCGGUGACGGGGAUUCCGGUGAUACCACCGGCAAACUACCACUAUGUCGAUCACUAUCAGCCACGACCUCAGUUUCCUAUUCCAACAGAUCCUUCUUCAGGUUCAGGGAAUUGGUCCACCGGCCUUUGCGGCUGUUGCUCCGAUUGCUCAACUUGUUGCUUAACAUGUUGGUUGCCAUGUGUGACUUUUGGACAAGUUGCAGAAAUUGUAGACAAAGGAUCAACUCCUUGUGUGGUAAGUGCAGGGCUGUAUGGGCUGCUAUGCUAUUUCAGUGGCUGUGGAUGCAUUUACUCUGGCUUCUACCGCAAUAGAAUGAGGAGGCAAUAUAUGUUGCCUGAAAGCCCUUGUCCAGAUUUUCUUGUUCAUUGCUGCUGUGAAUGUUGUGCCCUGUGUCAAGAACAUCGUCACCUCAAAAGCCAGGGAUUUGACAUGUCACUUGGUUGGCGUGAAAAUGUGGAGAGACAAAAUGGUGGACGGACAAUGUCUUCACCGGUUAUUCCACAAGGAAUGAAUCGAUAGCUGAUUGGCAGAUGACAAAGUUGUUGAACGAAAUCACAAAUCUUCGCAUUCAGUUCAACCUUUUUGUCCAUUCACUAUAUAUAUAUAUAUAUAUAUAUAUACACGAUAUGUAACAUAUAUAAAAAGUUUGGUGAAUGAAUUAUAUGAUAGCUGCGUUUGUUUUUUCA